UACCAACCUUUUUCUCUCUCUUCCCGUGGAAGGCUGGAAGCAGCAGCUUCAAUCUUUUUCUUCUCUCCCUUCCGAGCUAAACCUAUUUCCCUGCAACCGAAUCCUCCGCACCUACCAAGCCUCGUCUUCUAGUACCCCGAAGAUUUGACUUUUCAAUUGGUUUCCGGAGGGUGGAGUCCUGUGAUCCUGUUUAUCAUGCAAGCAAACUAACAGAAACACAGUUUCGGAACCCUUGAGAUCGUUUUGUUCUUAUCAUGUGAUCAUAUCUGACCUCAGUGUUUUUUUGAAGUACUGAAUAUUCCAAAUGGCAAAAGAGAGAAGAGAUGGUUCCUUGUCACAUGAUAGCAGUAGAACAUCAACUUAUCCAAGCAGUUCUAGUCGUGUCAAAAGAUCCGCACCAAAAAAUCCUUUGGAGUCUGAAGAACAUGUCAGAGAAUGGGAAGAAGCUAGGUGUCCUGUCUGCAUGGAGCACCCUCACAAUGCAAUUCUCCUCAUAUGCUCAUCCCAUGAGAAGGGAUGCCGCCCUUACAUGUGCGACACUAGCUAUCGCCAUUCAAAUUGUCUUGAUCAGUUCUGCAAGUCAUUUGCAGAAACUUCACCAACAACUCCCCAUGUAGAAGUUCAGAUCUCAAACUCUGACUUGACUCGCGUGCGGACCACUGAAACAAAUCCUGUUGAUAUACAAGAUGAAGGAAGCGAGGGAUCUGUUACAAUUCAUUCAUUAUCCUGUGAAGAUCAUUCAAAAUUAAAGUUAGUAUGCCCUCUUUGUCGGGGGCAAAUAAAAGAAAUCAAAGUUGUAGGUGCUGCUCGCCGGUUCAUGAAUGAAAAAUCAAGAAGCUGUUCCCGUGAGACAUGCAAUUUUAGUGGCACAUAUGCCGACCUCAGGAAGCAUGCAAGGCUUGAACAUCCCCUUGUGCGCCCAUCAGAGGUAGAUCCAGAGCGGCAGCGUAACUGGAGGCGAUUAGAGAGGCAGAGGGAUCUUGGAGACCUACUUAGCACGCUCCAGUCUUCCUUUGGGGAAAAUAACAGGGUGGAUGAUGGUCUCCUGCCAAUAGAUGAUGGAGGGUUGCUUGCUGUAUUUUUUCUUAUUCUUCAACCUUCAUCUGUGAGGGGAACCUCAGGAACCAGACUGCAAAUGCGCAUAAGAAGGAGAUCUUCUAGGCUGUGGGGAGAAACCUAUGAAGAAGGGCAAUCUGGAUCCUCCUCUAGAGAUGAUGAAAAUGAAUCUUCAGAUGGCGGGUCCGGUACUUGGAGGCGCCGAGUUCGGAGACGGAUAACGCCUGAGAAUGAACCAUGACUAGAACUUCCAAAUGCAUCUAGCUAUAUACUUCGAAUGUUCCCAAGUGGAACAGAAGGUGAGAAGGGGGGAUUUUUCGGAUUCUGUCCUUUAGUCUGCUCCAUUUCGCGUGGAACAGUUUAUUUGGAGGUGCUUAUUGUCAAAAGAAUCGGUAGAAAGUGUGAUUCAACGAUACUCCAUACUGUACACUUAAUUUAAUAUUUUUAUUCCUUCACCAUCUGUGACGCAAUUUCUCGAAGAUUUUGAACAAUGGAUAUUGGAAUAAAAUCUACGCGACAUCAUGUUUCUCUCGUUA